AUGGAAGACCGUAUAGUAGGUCUAAUAUCAUCUGCGAGUUCGUCGCGCGCAUCUCUCAAAACUCAUCUGGAACCGGGUUACCCACGAACGUGUGACUACUGUGAGCCCACUCUUGAGUUCUUGUCUUCGACGGAACUCGCGAGACAUAUUAGACAAGAUCACACGACACAAGAAGGUGGCAGCUUUUUGUGCAGAUACGGCGAACACGGAGUUUGUCAAAAACUUCCACUAGAAGGCGUUUGCGACCUGGACUUCGAAGCUCACAUCCGUCGAUGUCACACGACAAGCCAACCCACCCCAUACUCCAGUUCAACGUCUUCAAUCGUCGCCGCUUCAGAAGAUAGUGAGGAGGCGGCGAGUCUGCGAAGUAUCCGAUUGACAAGUGAUCGGGAGACACCGACGAUUGAGAGGAAAAAGUUCACGAUUCAUAGGUAA